AUGAGGAGCGAGCCCGAUACCUCGAAACCAUUGUGCAGCAUCACCAGGAGCCCACGACCUUUGAGGAUUACGCCGCUCGGGUCUACAGUCCCGCUCCUUGCACUCACUUACCAUCUGACACAGAUCGUAAUGUCUCACUUGCCUAUUGCUAAGAAGGCUCCUGCCUCGAGAUUCUUCGGGGAGAAAGUCCGGCUCUUGGGGAGGCCGGGAGCGACUCGGCGUCCCCCAUGUCUCCCAGGACUAGCAAAAGUCGCAUGUCCAUGA